AUGACUAGGAUUUAUGAUGCCCAUCUCACAAGGGGUAACCUUUCCACUGUGCUGGGGCACAACCUUGUUACCAAUGUGGAGGAAAAAUGUAUGACUAAUGCCAAUGUGCCUAGAAUUGCAAGAAGGGAAAGAAAUGAGGCGGAAGGGAUGGAAAAGACAUGGUUAAGAAAAGAGAGGAAGAAAGGAAACUUAAUGGAGGAGGGUGUGAAGCCAACUACCAACCUCUUGAGCUCAAAGAUUUCAACAGAUAUUAGGAACCAGCUUGCAAAAUCUUACCACACACCACCAAGUACCAUGACUAGGAUUUAUGAUGCCCAUAUUACAAGGGGUAACCUUUCCACUGUGCUGGGGUACAACCUUGUUACCAAUGUGGAGGAAAAAUGUAUGACUAAGGCCAAUGUGGCUGGAAUUGGAAGAAGGGAAAGAAAUGAGGCGGAAGGGAUGGAAAAGACAUGGGUAAGAAAAGAGAGGAAGAAAGGAAACUUAAUGGAGGAGGGUGUGAAGCCAACUACCAACCUCUGA